AUGAGGGGACCGGGCAACUUCUCAACUCUUUCUGAAGAUUCAGAUUCCGAUACGCCGAGGAGGAGCUCAGGAUAUGCCACGGCAUCUAUGAGAUCAGGACCGAGCAACGGCGUUGUAGGCCAAAAGCGGCGCGCUAGUAGCCCCCCGCGUCCAGUUGGCAACUCCUUUUUGAGGCCGACACCUCCUGGGCAACUUCUGUUCCCACGCCCCAUCGAACGCGAGAGCAUUUGGCCACGGUGUGGUGAAUACUGGAUGCUCAACGAUCGCCAAACACCACGCUCGCCUUUGCCACAGUCAGAGAAAAAGAUUAUUGAUGGCCUCAAACUGCGCUUGUCCAAGCUUCCGGAUACAGAGCAGGAGGGUGUAUUUUCCGCGAGUAUCAAGGCUGCAAUUGAGGUCGUGCAGCUGGAGCAAGUGAAGGAUGAAGAGUUACGCGUCGAGCAAGCCGUUAAGACGGCGCAUGCUGCCGUCAAGUGCUUAUUAAAUCGAAACGGCAGAUCCCCCCAGUCGGAUGAGCAGCAGCACCGCUUGGAGGAUGUACGUCAGAUUCUACUCCUGUGGUGCAACACUCAGCUACGCAAGUUCCUCACAGCCAAGUACAAGAAGCCUGCACAGAUAUCUGCUGAUGAUCAAAACAAGUUGGUCUCACUUGUGGCUGAGACCCGGGACUGGCGGGGCAUAAAUGACUAUACAGUCGUAAGGUUUAAGGAAAUCAUGGCGUUUGUGACGGAGAUAUUCGACGGGUCCUAUGAAGACUGGGAGCCACAACAGGAUUCGAGAGUCGCAGAACUUGUCGGCAUCAUGAUCGUACGUGCACGAUGCUAUUCUCGUGUUGAGCUCUGGUCAAGCGAAUUGAUGCACUGUCGACACGUUGCUCUCACUCUUCCCGUCAUCCAAGCGACCGAUGUUCGAAUACUCGCCAGCGACUAA